AUGGAAGGGGAAAAACCGUUGUCGGACAAGAAAUUAAAUGCAUUCACGGACAAGACGCAGAGCUUCUACACACGCUUCUGUGACACAUGGAAGGAUCCAAAGGAGAAUAAGCUUCCAGAGACGCUGGACGCAGAUUCUAGGCUGCCUUUCUUCCGGGCGCUGAUGCGACUGGCACACUUGCAGACGAAGCGCUACUACAAGAAUCCAAAAGACGAAUACGACAACAUCUCUGUUAGUAUUGUGAGGUUUAAAAGGGUCCUCGAUUUUGCGGCUAGUAACCCCAUGAAGGAAGAGGCCGAAGUGGAGGUGAAGUUGGCUCGCGAGAUGCUGGUUCUCCUGCCCACGAAGCAGAACGACUUGUGGCGAGUAUACCACAACACUGUCGAAUGA